AUGGCCACAAUCACAAUCAUCAUCAUCACGGUCAUCAUCACUCCGAACCGUCACGCCUGGGGUGCCUGGAGUGGUUCCUCCACAAGACUUGGGUUGGGAGCCUCAUUACGCAGCUUGUCUGGACGACAAUAUCUAAAAAGUGCGUUUGACGUAUAUAAAAUUCCAAAUGAAUCCCCUCUCCGGCGUACACACUCAACAUUUUGGGGUCUUCGUAUCAGCGAUGAAGGACUGGUACGGCCGGACAGCUUCCAUGGGCUGGCAGCCGCAGGGCUUAUUGACCUCGCUGCUCCUACCCGAGCUAUUGGAUAUGCCGAAGACGGGAAAUCUCUGCUCCUGAGUGACGGACAGACGCUUCCGGCGAAAGUUGUGAUUUUAGCCACAGGGUAUCAAUCUUCCUGGUCGCCUAUCUUCGAAAAGCUUGGCAUCGCCAGACACACCCUGACUUAUAAUUUUGAACGCGAAUGGAAAUAUGCUUCACUGGCAAACGCACCCCCUCAAUCCCCUGAACAAAGCAAAUGGGUUACUUCAAUACACCGUUCAUUGUUCCCGCGAAAAAUAUUAACAGGCGUGACUUUGCGAUUGCAGUUCUCUGCUGAUUUCGCCUAUAUCAGCGAAGUAGCUGCUCACUGGACAGUGUCGUAUUUUCGCAACGAUCCCAUGCGCCUCCCCUCAUCUAUCGAAAACGCCAUGUUUGAAGGGGAGCGAAAGUCCGCCUGGAUGAAGACCCGCUUUCCUCACAUGUUGUCUUGGCUGAACGACAGCCAUAGUGGUGGUCUGGAUUUCAUGACUUGGCCACAAGCCGUUGACGAGCUAUUGGAAGAUAUGUUUCUUCCAAGUUCGCGCAGUGGUGGUAAUUGGUUGACCUGGCCUUUCAAAAUUAUUGACGUAAAAGAAAUCGCAACCUUGAGUGAGGAACGUCGCUCAUUAAGAGGACCGUCGCCCUGA